AUGUAUGUCUCUCACAACUCUGACGAAGACUUCAAGAAGAAGCAGUAUACGGAUCCGGGAGACGCUCCGCCGCCACGGCAAAAGCAGCCUCCGCCGCCCAGUCAAUACCGAUUGAAAGAUCAGCCACGCAACAACAACACGACAACAACCUCCAUGGUUCCCUCGGUCUGGCUCUGGUUGGCCGACGACGAGAGCUGGGAACGAUUCGACGAACAAGAAACGUCCGUAAUCAUGACAGCAGUCGGCAAAGGUCACAAGGGCGCUAUUCUUCAACGCGGCUCCGUCGCCUACUUUCUCGAUCUGCUGCGGUUAACGCAAACCAACGCAGUGACCGGACGACGACGACCCAUUUACAGCGUGCAAAAGGGAGCCAACUGGUUGGUACAGAGUGAAUCGUCACCCAAAGGAGACGGUUGGAUUCCCUUUACGCACAAGGAGACGCUUCAACUGGAAGAAGCCUUCUUUGCCGGAAGCGACUUUUCGGUGGUCAACCGCGACAAUGGGAGUGCGUGUUACGUCGAUCUCGCCAAGUGGACGUUGACCUGUCUGAGUACCAACGCUACUUGCUUUAUCAAGAUCACACCCAACACUGCUGCGGCCAACGACCAAACGCAGCAAUCGUCCGCAGCCAAGUCUCAACAACAACAACAACACUACAAAGACCAGCACUACAAGAGCAGUCAACCGCAACAACAACAACAACAUUACAAGGAUCAACACUACAAGACCGACCGCUCCACAUCCAGUUCACCGGCGGAAGACGACUACGACGCGUCUUACUACGGUCAACAACAGAUAAUAGUCAACAACAGUGACAAUAGCAACCGAAAGAAUCGAGCGUCCUGGAGAUGGCACAACGACAGUCACUCAUGGACCAGUUACAACGAUGAGAUUACAGAUGCCAUUGAACAGGCAUGGGCUACGGGGGCUAACGAUCUGGUAUUCGUUCACGAGAACACACAGUAUUACGUCGAUCUGGCAAACCUCACACAGACCAACAUUGAUACGGGAUACACACGACCCAUUCAACGAGUAUCACAGCGCAAGAAAUCAAGUGUCUAUUAA